AGGAAAAAUUAAAAAGGGAGGGCGUUCACGAAAAGGGUGGAAGGGGAGACCACCAUCUUCAGGCAGCAUUUUUCUGGAAAAGAAAAAAAAAAAGCAUUCCCCACCCUUUCUCCUGAACUCAACCGACCAGCCACCUCCACCAUCUCCGUCCGACUACCUCCCGCCGGCGACUGCUCUCGCAUUCCAUUCCCGGGAUCCUACCUCACUUCUUCACCGUCGCCUACUUCUUUACUCUCGCAAAAAAGAAGCAAAAAGCAUUUUGGUCUUUCUCUCCUCUGGGCACGGUCGCCAUUGAAGCCCCACACAAAACCUCGGAUUCACAGCCGAUCUACGUCGUCCGCCACCUCCAGAACAUCGUCCGCCCGCUGCCAUUCGUCGUCGCCGUCCCUGACCUCGGUGGAGUCGACUGAAGCCUGACACGAGUUUGGAGUCGCUUUUCUCAACCUUCGCCGCCAACGAUGCCUGGGGAAGCCAAGCCAGUACAAAGUGAUAUCCACAAGAGAUAAAGCUGCAACCCGACCAGACACUCAGCAUUCUGAGGAAGCACAUCAACCUUCAUCUCCUCUAAUGGCCGCUUCUUCGAAUCUGAAAGGGAAUUACCACGUCUUCCUGAGUUUCCGAGGUACGGACGUUCGAAACAACUUUCUCGGUCAUCUCUAUGCAGCUCUUGAGCAAAAAGGAAUCUACACUUACAUUGAUAGUGAGGAGCUUCGGAAAGGCGAACAAAUAACACCGACGCUUAUUAAGGCGAUCAAGGACUCGCGCAUCGCAAUCAUCAUUUUCUCCGAGGACUAUGCUUCCUCACAGUGGUGUUUGGAAGAGGUGGAGAAAAUCAUGGAGUGCAAGGAGCAAAGAGGACUCACAGUAUUUCCGGUGUUUUACAAAGUGGAUCCUAGAGAAGUGAGAACACCAAGAGAUACCGAAAAGCUAUGGAAAAGCAUGAGAGCAAGUUUGGGAAAGAUUCAGAGGAGAGAUGAAGCGGAUUCUAUAAAGAGCAUUGUGCAAGAGAUCUCUAUGCAGUUGGACCAAACGCCCUUAUAUGUUGCCAAGCAUCCGGUUGGAUUAAGUUCACGGGUUGUAGAGUUGGAAUCAAAGUUAAAUCUUGAGUCUCAUGAUGUUCUCAUGAUAGGGUUAUGGGGACAGGGAGGUAUAGGAAAAACAACAUUAGCUAAAGCUCUUUACAAUGAUAUUUUUGGACAAUUUGAGGCUUCAUGUUUUUUGGCAAACGUUCGGGAAACUUCCAAAGAUUCCAAGGAUUUAGCUCAUUUGCAAGAAAAAUUGUUGUCCAAGACAUUACUAGGAAAAGGAUUAACAGUGUUUAGUGUUGAUGGAGGUAUUAGUUUGAUCCAAGAGAGACUUCGCCGCAAAGAAGUUCUGCUUGUUCUCGACGAUGUCAGUGACGUAAAACAGUUAAAUGCUUUAGCUGGAGAGCAUGAAUGGUUUGGUAAAGGAAGCAGAAUCAUCGUCACUACAAGAGAUAAGCGACUGUUAACUCUCCAUGGGAUAGAUAAAGAUCAUAUCCAUGAAAUUAAAACUCUAGAGGAUGGGGAAGCUCUUGAACUUUUCAAUAAACAUGCUUUUCUUAGAAGUAAGGAAAUAGUGAUAAGGAGGGAUCUUGUGGAUAGUGCUUUGCAUUAUGCUAAUGGACUUCCUUUGGCACUUGAAGUAUUGGGCUCUCUCCUACAUGGUAGAAGCGGACGAGAGUGGGAAAGCGCCUUGAAUAGACUUGCCAAAAAUCCUGACAAAAACAUCAAUGAUGUUCUCAAGUUAAGUUUCGAUGGACUAGAGGACUAUGCAAAGGAAAUAUUCCUUGAUAUUGCAUGUUUCUUCAACGGGCGAUCUAUGGAGUAUAUUAUAAAAGUCCUUGACAGUUGCGACUUUGACACAAUGAAUGGAGUACAAGUUCUUGUUGAGAAGUCGUUAAUAACUAUUGAGAAGCCCUUCCUCGCUACAGAGAUGGAGACAUUACAGAUGCAUGACUUGAUUCAGUUGAUGGGCAUGGAUAUUGUUAAACAAGAAUAUCGCGAUGAUCCUGGAAGACGCAGCAGGUUAUGGCUUUGUGAAGAUGUUUGGAACAGAUGCAGUAAAAGCCAUAGUUUUGGAUUUACCCACAACAGAAGCAAAUACUUAGGUCCCAAUGCUUUCACAAACAUGAGAAGAUUGAGGUUGCUCAUCAUGAUUAAUGUGCAUAACUCUUUCCAAGGUCCCAUCUAUCUUCCUAACGAACUGAGAUGGUUUCAAUGGCCUGAAUGUCCUUUUUCGGUUCUCAAAUUUCCCCCUGGCCCAAAGAAGUUAGUCAGACUUGAUGUGCGCAAAAGCAACAUUCAAGUCAUCGUGGACCAAUUCAAGGACUUUAAAAAUUUGAAGUUCCUUUACCUCAGUGAAUGUCUGUCCAUGGUUUGUAUGCCGAACCUCGAUUUUUGUCCAAAUCUCGAGGAAUUGGAUCUCAAUGGGUGCAAAAAUUUGGAGCGUGCUCACGAAUCAGUUGCAUAUCAUGCCAAGUUGAGGUUGUUGGAUCUAGAAGAUUGCUCUAACCUUCAUCAUCUCCCUGAUUUACUCCAACCCAAGAAUCUUCGAUUUCUCAAUCUUCGUGGUUGCUCAAAGUUGCGAAGAUUCCCUAAUAUUCCGGAUAAAAUGAAAAGCUUUCGACGACUUUUUUUAGAUGGUACUUCAAUUGAGGAACUUCCUGCAUCCAUAGAAAAUUUUGUCUCUUUGGAAACUUUCUGUUUAUCUUAUUGCAAGAAAUUGGUAAACCUCCCAUCUAGCAUUUACAAGUUGCCAAAUCUUUUGAGCUUGUCGCUUGAUGGUUCAAAACUAAUCAAGUUUCCAAAGUUGGAGGAGGAUUUGAGUGAUCUGCGUAGCAAGAUAGGAUUUCCCAAGCUAGAGUUCUUAAAUCUUAGAGGAUGCAAUCUACAAGAAGUAGAGUUCCUAGAGAAUCAUUCAUGUUUUCCAUCCUUAGAAUAUUUGAAUUUGAGCGAAAAUAAUUUUGCUAAGCUUCCAACGUGCGGGAACCUACAUAAUUUACUUGGAUUGGAUGUUUCGGAAUGCCGACAGCUACAAGAGAUUGGCGAGGAAGAGAUUGGCGAGGUUUCAGGGCAAUUGCAUAAAUUGAUGGCAAGGAAUUGGCAAUCUCUAAGCAAAAUUCCCUCCGUCAUAUUGUCCGUUAAUCGAUUAUUUUGUGAUUCGGUCCGUAGUAAGCAAUUUUGGGAAUCGUGUUGCAUAUCGCCUUUGGAAACUAUUUUGCCUGUGGGAGCUACUGAAGGAGAGAUGCCGCAAUGGUUACUCCUGAAUAAGGAGGGUUAUAUAUCUUUCACAGCUUCAAAGGAUUUGUAUGAGAAGUUCCUAAGAUUAGCUAUCUGUGUUAUAUUUCGAGUAAAGGAAGGGAAACGAGAGGACUUUAAGCUCAGUUCAUACAUUAAUGGCAGAUUCCGACGUAGGUCCUUCGAGCCAUUGAGGUUCCCCAUAUUGCGUUUGGAACAUGUGUUAUUACGGUUGCAUGCAGUGAGGGACCUAUGGGGAGUAGACCCUUUUGAUCGAAAUGACUCAAUUUCUUUGCGGUUAGGGUUAGGCAUUAAAGCAUCGGAUGUUGUAAUUGUAAAAGAGUGCGGAUUUCGAUUAAUAUGCAAGUCACUAGAGGACAAUUUGGAGGCUUUGAAUCAAGAUGAUGAGUUGUUAGAUCCAAAUUUGUUUUAUGAGAUUUGGCAUCACGAUGAAGAAACGACUAGAGAGGAAGAAAUUUCGGCCGAUCUCUCAGAUCUGGAAAAGGGGAUAAACCAUGAAGACAACUACCAAACAAGCUCAAAAGAAGGCAAUGGUAGGGAUGACUCCUCGCCCGUCGAUAUCAUGGCUGACUUUUCAGUUGAGCAAUUGUCCCUCAAUGAAGAUAAUCACCAAUCAAGGUCAGAGGCAGACAGUACAAGUGAAACAGAAACAGACGAGGAAAUCUUGGAUGACAUGUCAUGGUCUGACUUAUCAGUUGAGAAGUGUCGCUAUUCUGAAAUUGCUCCUCACUACAUGGAUAUUCUUCCCGGAGGAGAUAUGCCAGAGGAGCUCAUCAUUGUUGAAGGCAGUACCAUAUCUUUCAUGGUUUUACGAGACUUCUAUGAUAAGUUAUUGGGAUUAGCUCUCUGUAUUGUUUUCACUGUAGAAGAUGGCGAAAAGGAAAUAUUUUUCAACAUUGUGCCUCAUCUUAAUGGCCAAAAACGGAAUGGGCUAUCAGGAUCUCUCGGUUCAUUUAAUUCGAAUCACAUGUGGAUUCAAUAUCUCAAACCAAAUGUGCUAUGGGGAGUGUUGGGGGGAGCUGUUGAUUUUUGUGACUUUGGUGAGGAUUGCUUACGAUUUAGCCUCACACUCAGUGUAUCGGGUGGAACCGUAAAAAAAUUGGGAUAUGUGCUAAGAUGCAAGCAAAUGGAUGAUGAUUUGAAAGACAAGCAAUUAGUGAAUCCAGCUUCAAUCUAUGAAAUGAAGCUCAAAGAAUUCUUCUACAAAUUUCUCCCACGCCAUAUGGAGCGAAUGGAAGCCAUGCAAAGUCGAGUACGAGUACGAGUACGGGGAUAGGUACAGCAGCGACAGCGAAACAGAUUAAAUGGGAAGAGGCGAGUGUAAUAGUGCUGGCGUGCAGCUCUAAAAGAAGCAAUCAUUAAGCCAACACAACAAACUGGGGGUUGGCAUAUGUUUCCUGAUACCUUGGGACAUUUAUGUUUGUUGUUGAAGUAAGAAAUGGCAUUCACUUCAAUCUCUAAUGUUAGAUUUGGAAAAAUGAGAGAGGGUGACUUGGCACACAAGAUACUUCAAUUUAGUAGAACGUGGCUUCAUGUUUGGCUCAAAUAUCUUUAGCACGUGUAGUCAAAUCAUAUCAAUAAAUGACAAGUCAAUAUUUUUCGUUA